AUGGAAUUGAAGACACCCUGGAGAAGUGUGGAUGUGAAAACCAGUGCUCCGCAUCUACUGGUGAAGACCGAAUUCAAUGAUGAGGGCUACGACAUUCAACUGACGGACCUGAGUCGCGUUUGGGGCGAGAGACUGGGGAAGGACGCAUUGGUCGAGCGUGCUAUUGCGUCUCGUUGCAGCAUAGAGCCAAGCGAGCCAGAUCAAUAUAGGAUAUUCGUCGAGAAGAUCACAGCCGCGCUCAAAAGUCAGAAAGGAACCACCGUGGACCUCAAGAGCAAAUCCAACGGACUAGUACUACAAAUAACAGCGCCUUUGCCAAAGCCUCUCGCUUCUUUCACUUGGACCAUCGAAUUCGUUCGGCUUCCUGACACUGCUGUAGCGGCUGAGCUGGUCAAUCCUCUGCUAGUAUACGCAAACAGUCUCCAGCACCAGAUACAACAGCUGGUCGACGAACUGGCCGCGAAGGACCAUGUGAUUUCGAAGAUCACAGACCGACUGGAGCCGACAAACAUCAAACUUGUUGACAUCUUCCCGGGUGUCAUCAAUGCCAAAGCCAGUCAGAAGGGCAAAAAGACUGAGCGAGAGCAGCUUGCUGGCCCCGUAAAGGGCAUGGCGAACUUUGAUGAAAAUGCUUGGCGACAGUCGAAUGUUUCGAAGAAAGACACGAGCGAGCUUACUUCAAGCCUUCCUGAUGUUGUUUUGAAAGAUACGCCGAUCCUAGAAAGGCCCAGUCACCACCAACAUGCACAAGAUGAGUGGUUGCUGGACUUGGACACAGUGUCUCAGAAAGACGCUCUACCCGGUGAAAGUGGACCUGAUCGUGACGAACAGGCUCUCAUGUCGAGGAAAGAAGGCAGCAGAGACGACCAAUUCCAACGCCAACGCAUGCCGCCGACUCUUCGGCACCGGGAUCCCACGCCCUCCACAGAAGACGAGGAACCCGCCAUGAACCCACAGGAAGCGAGCCGUGACAACCUGGAUCCGAAACCUCCAGAAGAUGACGAAAGCACAGCGGACGAGGAUGAUCUGGAUGCUGCGCCAAGUCAGAAGCCUUCGCAGACGAAAGGCAGAUCGCGACCAAACGAGGAAGCUAAUCAACCUGCGACCUCGAAAACGUCGCGUAGCUUAGGUGUCAUGGGUGGUAGACAUGCCGAAAGACCGUCUCCAGGGACCGCUACAGAGCCAUCACCGGCCCAGACAAAGAAGAAGUCAUCGAGAUUAGGUGCAUUUGGGGGAAAGAAGAAAACGGGUAGUCCGGAUGAGGAAACAGAGGCCGAGGACGACUUUGAGAAUGGCGAUUCACCAGCACCGUCACCAGCGAAGCCGAAGCAAAGGUUAGGUGUAUUCGGUGGGAAGUCAAAGAAAUCCACUCGAUCACCUUCGCCAGAUGCAUCAGGUCCACCGACCCCAAAGCCCAAGUCAAAGCUUGGUACAUUUGGUGGCAAGCCUAAGAAAGACAACCACGUGGAUGAAGAGAAUGAGGAGGGUUCAGGCCAAGUGCAACCGGUAUCUCACGUUGGGGGUCCGAAUGUGGCAAAUACGAUUUCGACGGGCAAUCCAGAACCCGAACGCACAUCUCGAGCAGCCGAGAAGCAGGAUGAGAUACAGGAGAGGGAGAAUUCAGAGGAGAGAGCGGACAAGAGACGGAAAAGGCUGAGAAGGGAGCUGGACGAGAAGUCGAAAGUUCCAGUGAAGAAGAAGCGGAAAUUCUAA